AAAAUGUAAUGAAUUUAACCAGUCUGCCGGAACAGUUUCUGCUUGGUGUUUUUAACGAGUUGUCAACAUAUGAGAAGAUUUGCCUAAGUGAUGCGCUGAUGUCGUUGCAAAGUGUCUCGAAGAGUUUGAAUAGCUUAGAUUUCUCCUACACGAACCGAAUCAGCGAUGAGCAGUUUUAUGGUUUUUUGUCAUGUUUUCCCGAUAAUCAGUUCAUCAGCGUGAAUAUAGACAACGUGAAUUGGAUCGAAAACAAAUCAAUCUGUCUACUGACGGAAAAGAACAGCAUGUCACUGCAGUUUCUGAACAUUGACGGAGAAAGCAAUACUGACGCUGUGUUCGAUUGGAUUGCAAAAUGUUGCAAUCUAAAAUCUCUAAUUGUCAAUUUUGCUCAGGGGCUUACCGAUGAAGCGUUAAACAAGCUGUCAUCGUCUCAAAUUCUACACGAAAUUUGUCUGAGAAAGGGCAACAAUUUCACUAACGAAGGAUUGUCGAUUUUUCUUUCAACUUUAGAUUUCUCUCAACUGCAGGAUUUGAAUCUUUCAGAAUGCAGCAAUUUAUCAAACGGUGGAGCCUUUUUAAUUGCGACUAAUUGUCCAAAUUUGAAAAAUUUAUCACUCUGUUGGUGCUGGGAAAUUGACGAAACUGGAAUUAUACCAAUUGUAACUACCUGUAAUAAAAUGGAAACUAUGGAUUUAACUGGCAUGCAUCAGCUAACAGGAGAGUGUUUUCUGCUCAUUCCAGAAACAAUGCCAAAUUUGCGACAUUUGAAACUGGAAAUGUGCAAUAAUAUCCAAGAUGAUAUUUUAAAUAUGAUAGUUAUAAGAAUGAAGGGUAAACUGGAGGUUAUAAAUUACUACUUUGAAACUAUUGUUUAUGAUGAUAUUAGCAACGCCGAUUAUUUGGAAACUAUGUUUAUGUUGAGCGAACUGAAUUCGGUCGGAGCAGAAAUUUCAGAUGAUUAAUUGUAAAUUGUAAAUACUAAUUUUGUUAAGUCUUGUAGAUCAGUUGGAUUCAAAAAUCGGUA